AUGAAGUCCUUCAUCGGGGUUUUACUUGCUUGCUUUUCGUUUUUCCUGGUGGAUGUCUUUGACUGCUCUAAUGCCGUUUAUCCAUCACAGAUUUUAACCCAAAGUUACGCACAAAGAAGAAAUUUUGGUCAUCCAUCCAACGCCAGACCUCCACUAAGGACGCUUAAUCCAGCAGCUACGGAUUCUCACUGUAGGAGCCGCCCGUUGGACCUUGUUUUUAUCAUAGACAGUUCUCGUAGUGUGCGUCCAGUUGAGUUUGAGAAGAUUAAGGUCUUCCUUUCAGAUAUGGUGGACACUCUGGACAUCGGCACUGAUGCCACUCGGGUUGCCGUGGUGAACUACGCAAGCACUGUCAAAAUUGAGUUCCUCCUCAAAGACCAUAUGAAGAAAGAAAGCAUGAAGCAAGCAAUCAGUGUCAUUGAACCCCUGGCUGCGGGCACCAUGACCGGUCUGGCCAUCAAGAAAGUCAUGGAAGAGGCCUUCACCGAACAGUCAGGGGCGCGGCCAAAAUCACAGAACAUCGCAAAGGUGGCCAUCGUUGUCACAGAUGGGCGUCCUCAGGAUCGGGUGGAAGAGGUGUCUGCUGCCGCCCGAGCCUCGGGGGUUGAGAUCUAUGCUGCAGGAGUGGACCGGGCCGACAUGCAGUCGCUCAAGCUCAUGGCCAGCAACCCACUGGAAGAGCACGUGUUCUACGUGGAGACCUACGGUGUUAUCGAGAAGCUCACCUCCAAGUUCAGGGAGACUCUGUGUGGUGUAUCCCCAUGCAAAAUGGGACACAGCUGUCAGCACAUCUGUGUAGGAAGUGGAAAUUCCUAUUACUGCAAGUGUCACCCUGGCUAUGUCUUAAAUGAAGACAAGAGAACAUGCUCCAUUCGUAGGGAUGGUGGCCAUGAUGGUCAUACUGAUGGUGCAGGCGAUGGACACAAUGAUAACGACAACGAUGGUGAAAGCAGCACCAGUAUCGAUGCUUGUGCACUGGGUCAUGACUGUCAGCACACUUGCAUGAGCAGUGGCUCCUCCUAUUACUGCACCUGUCCCCCAGGCUUUGUCUUGAUGCCGGACAAGAAAUCUUGUUCCAAGGCCAGUGUUGGUGAUGAUGAUGAUGACGGUAGUGCCAGUCUGGACCACUGUGGGAUGGGGCAUGACUGUGAGCACAUUUGUGUCAGCAACAAUGACUCCUAUCACUGUGAAUGCUGGAGGGGCUUUGUCUUGAAUGAAGACAAGAAAACUUGUUCACGUCUGGACCAGUGUGAAAUGGGACAUGACUGUGAGCACAUUUGUGUCAGCAGUGAUGGCUCUUAUCACUGUGAAUGCCGGAGGGGUUUUGUCUUGAAUGAAGACCAGAAAACUUGUUCACAGGUGAAAGUGGAGGCUGUUCAGGAUCCGUGUCACUGUGAGGCCAGACUGGCUUUCCAAAGGCAGACACAAAACACCAUCCAAGCCCUCAUUGGCAAACUAGCAGACAUCACCAAGAAAGUCGAGCAAAUGGAGAGGAAGUUGUCCCGCAAGCGAUCGGUUCCUUUGUGCCAAGGCCAGGUUGCUCAGAUGUCAGACGACCCUAAAUCUAUGAUGGCCAUGAUGGAUGAAGACACACUGAGAGACACUAUGGCUUCUUCUCGAAUGUCUCCUCGUUCGUAA